GCCCCCGCGGGCACGUGCGGCAGGCAGGUGGCAGCCGGGGCUUUGGGGGGGCACCUGCGAGCCCUGGGGGUGGUGGCACGGAGCGGUGCCAGGCGUGCCUCCCGCGUGUCCCCGCGCCGGUCACUUGUUGAGGACGGGGAGGUUUUUGCGCAGCCGGCGCGGGGGGACCGGCGGCAGCGCGGCGUGCGAGCAGCCCUUCCCUUUUCUAGGUCAUGGCACUGCCGGCUGUGCUGGCUGCCGCCUGGCAGCCGGGGCCGCCGGUGACGCGGGGAGCUGGCCCCGGGGUGGCCGGGCUGUGGCAGAACGCCUGGCCCGGGUUCCGUGCGGGGCGCACGUGGAGCCGGUGGCACGGGGCCGGCUCUGAGCUGUGCCACCGGGAUUGGUCCCAGCGCUUGGGGACACGUUUGUCCCUCCUUUGAAGGCCGUGGCUGAGCUGAGGGGGGUCAUGGGGAGGCACCCGGCUCCGUGGGCUCACACGGGGAGGAGCGGGGUGGCGCAGCUGUUGUCACUGUCACCGUCACCGUCACCUGGCUGCUCUCUGGCCGCCCUCAGCGGGGAGGGUCUGCUCCCCGUUCCCAGCAGGGCUCCUUGGUGAUGGCACGGUGGCAGUGGAUGUGGGGCUGGCUGUGUGGCAGUGCCAGCCCCGCUGUGCCAGAGCACGGAGCCUGGCAGCAGCUCCUCUCCCAGGCCUGCCCAGUUGCCUGUCAAGCCUUGUCACCAGCCCCUGCUUUGAUCCAAGGAGCCAGGAUCCUACAAAUUCGGGCUGUGCUGGAGAGAAAACGGACACGGAGCGGGCACAGCGGGCGCUCGCUUUCCAACUGGGAGCCGCAUGGCAGAGGGGCUCCAGCGCUGGCUGGGACACGCUGCCAGCUCUUCCCAGCUCCUUCUGGUUCUUCUCAACACCUCCAAGGACCUUUGGCAGUGGAAUCUUCUGCCUGGAGUCGCUCCUUGCCAUGCUGGAGAUGGCACUGGAGGUGCUCGGCUCUUGCCGCUGCUGGAGAGCUCUGCCCUGGCACCAAGCUCCUGCUCACUGCCGUGGGAUUAAUGGGAUUUCCACCAGCCAGGGUGUGCCCAUUGCUGCCACAUCCCCACAUGCCAUGGGGAUUUUCAGAUGGGAUGGGAGCUGCAGGAUGGACUCCCCAUUUCCUGGAGGAAGAUGAUGCUCCAGCCCCGCUCCAGCCCCGCGCUGCUGUGAUGCCUCAACGCUUCUCCAUGGGAAUUUGGACUGAGGCCCUACAAACUCCCUUCCUACCACGGGCCCGUCCUCUAAUGGGGAUGGGGAUGGCUCGGGGCCACCUGGCUGGGUUGCCAAAUGUCAGAAGCUCUACGGCUCCCCGCUGCUCACAAGGGCCAUCGUGUCCCCCUGUGCUGCUCCUGUCUGUUCCUUCUUGAUGGCCUCCAAGAGCAGGAAGGAGCCAGGCCCCUUCUCCUCCCUGGAGCACCCCGGAGGCUCGUGGUGAGGCUGGGUCUGGAUGAGAUGAUGGGUACAUUAAAAUCCCCUUUUGGGGUGAGAACAGGUCCUGCUGCCAGCGCUGGAACUCAGAACCCCUCUUUGGAGCCUUCCUGGCUCCAAGAAUGGAAUGGAGCUGAUGGAAAAGAGGGACUCACAUCCUAAGGAUGUGGAAGAAACUCCUUGGAAGAGGCCGUGGCAGCACCGUGGCUGCUGCAGCUGAAGGGGGGCUUUGCCUCCAGGGACCCCCCAGCUGCGCAGGGCCGGGGGGGGAGGCAGCACACGCCGUUCCCUGGCAGAGCAAAUCCCUAAUCCCGGCGGAGAUUCCUCUGUGCUGUCUCCCGGCCCUGCUUUUGGAGUGGAGUUUUACCAACAGCAGGCAAAUGCCAUAGGAUGACCGCUGCUGGUCCCCUCUUACUGGCUGUGAUUUCGUCUGUCCUGUGGCUCACGCGGGGCUUCGACCCGGCUCCCAGCGCCUGCUCCGCCCUGGCCUCCGGCGUCCUCUACGGCUCCUUCUCCCUCAAGGACCUGUUCCCCACCAUCUCCUCGGGCUGCUCCUGGACCCUGGAGAACCCCGACCCCACCAAGUACUCGCUCUACCUCCGCUUCAACCGGGAGGAGCAGGUCUGCACGCACUUCUCGCCCAUGGUGCUGCCGCUCGACCACUACCUGGCCAACUACACCUGCGACCCGCGGGGCGAGGCCAGCCCCGCGCCCGCCCGCCCGCGCCCCGAGCAGCCGCAGGAGGACGAGGAAGACGAGGAAGCCGAGCUGGAGCUGUGCGAGGGCGCGGGGCCCUUCACCUUCCUGCACUUCGACAAGAACUUCGUGCAGCUGUGCCUGGCGGCCGAGCCCGAGGCGGCGCCGCGGCUGCUGGAGCCGCAAGCGCUGGAAUUCCGCUUCGUGGAGGUGCUGCUCAUCAACAACAACAACUCCAGCCAGUUCACCUGCAGCGUGCUGUGCCGCUGGCUCGAGGAGUGCCUGCAGGCUCCCGGUGCCCGCCGCUGCGGCUUCACCCACGCCGGCUGCAGCUGCCAGGCCGAGAGCCCUCCGGGCCCCCGGCGCGCCGGCACCCGCGCCCCGGCCCCCGCGCCCACCCCGGCGCCCGCCGCGCCCGACUGCUGCCCCACCGAGCUGCAUUCCGAGAAUGCCAACGAGCUCGACCUGCCCGAGGUGCCGCGCGGCAAUGCAGUCGAGGAGAACCAGAAGGUGAAGACCCAGUGGCCACGGUCAGCAGAUGAACCCGGGGUCUACAUGGCCCAGACAGGGGACCCUGCGGCGGAGGAGUGGUCGCAGUGGAGCGUGUGCUCCCUGACGUGCGGCCAGGGCUCCCAGGUGCGGACGCGCUCCUGCGUCUCCUCUCCGUACGGGACGCUGUGCAGCGGGCUGCUCCGGGAGACCCGCACCUGCAACAACACCGCCACCUGCCCAGCUCCCGGCGCGUGGGAGGAGUGGUCCCCGUGGAGCCUGUGCUCGGUGACCUGCGGGCGAGGGGCCAGGACCAGGACGCGGCGCUGCGCGGCCUCGCGGCGCGGAGGGAAGGCCUGCGAGGGCCCCGGGCUGCAGGCCAAGCCCUGCAGUAUCGCGACCUGCCCGGUGGAAGGGCAGUGGCUGGAGUGGGGCGCCUGGAGCCGCUGCUCCGUCACCUGUGCCAACGGCACCCAGCAGCGGACGCGCAGGUGCAGCGUCUCGGCCCACGGCUGGGCCGAGUGCCGCGGGGCCCACGCCGACGCCCGGGAGUGCUCCAACCCCACCUGUCCCACAGACAGCAAGUGGGGUCCUUGGAACCACUGGAGCCUCUGCUCCAAGACCUGCGACACCGGCUGGCAGCGGCGCUUCCGCAUGUGCGAGGGCACGGGCAUGCAGGGCUACCCCUGCGAGGGCACCGGCGAGGAGGUGAAGACCUGCAACGAGAAGAAGUGCCCAGCCUACCACGAGAUGUGCAAGGACGAGUACGUGAUGCUGAUGACCUGGAAGAAGACGGCUGCCGGGGAGAUCAUCUACAACAAGUGUCCCCCCAACGCCACAGGGACUGCCAGCCGCCGGUGCCUGCUGAGCCCCCAUGGGGUCGCCUAUUGGGGUGUGCCCAGCUUCGCCCGCUGCGUCUCCCACGAGUACAGAUACUUGCAUCUCUCACUGCGGGAGCACCUGGCGAAGGGCCAGCGGGUGCUGGCAGGGGAGGGCAUGUCCCAGGUGGUGCGGAGCCUGCUGGAGCUCAUGGCCCGCAAGACCUACUACAGCGGGGACCUGCUCUUCUCCGUGGACAUCCUGCGCAACGUCACCGACACCUUCAAGAGGGCCACCUACAUCCCGUCCUCCGAGGACGUGCAGCGCUUCUUCCAGGUGGUGAGCUACAUGGUGGACGCCGAGAACCGCGACAAGUGGGAGGACGCCCAGCAGGUCUCUCCCGGCUCCGUGCACCUGAUGAAGGUGGUGGAGGACUUCAUCCACCUGGUUGGGAACGCGCUGAAGGCUUUCCAGAGCUCCCUCAUUGUCACCGACAACCUGGUGACCAGCAUCCAGCGGGAGCCCGUGUCCGCCGUGUCCAGCGACAUCAACUUCCCCAUGAAGGGCCGGCGGGGGAUGAAGGACUGGGCCCGCAGCUCCGAGGACAAGCUCUUCAUCCCCAGGGAGGUGCUGAGCCUCGCCUCGGCAGAAGCCGAGGAGUCGUCGCACUUUGUCAUCGGGGCGGUGCUGUACCGCACGCUGGGGCUCAUCCUGCCCCCGCCCAGGAGCCCCCUGGCCGUCACCUCUAAGGUGCUGACGGUGACGGUGCGCCCGCCCACCCGGCCCGCGGAGCCGCUCGUGCUGGUGGAGCUGUCCCACAUCAUCAACGGCACGUCCCACCCGCAGUGUGUCACCUGGGACUACUCGAGGACGGAUGCUGGCUUGGGAAACUGGGACACGGAGAGCUGCCAAACCCUGGAGACCCUCCCGGCGCACACCAAAUGCCAGUGCCGCCAGCUCGCCACCUUCGCCGUGCUCGCCCAGCUGCCCAGAGACCUGGCCAUGGACCCCUCGGGGACGCCGUCGGUGCCGCUGAUGAUCGGCUGCGCCGUGUCCUGCAUGGCCCUGCUGACCCUGCUGGUGAUCUACGCCGCCUUCUGGAGGUUCAUCAAGUCGGAGCGCUCCAUCAUCCUGCUCAACUUCUGCGUCUCCAUCCUGGCGUCCAACAUCCUCAUCCUCGUGGGCCAGUCCCAGAUGCUCAGCAAGGGCGUGUGCACCAUGACCGCCGCCUUCCUCCACUUCUUCUUCCUCUCGUCCUUCUGCUGGGUGCUGACCGAGGCCUGGCAGUCCUACCUGGCGGUGAUCGGCCGGAUCCGGACACGCCUGGUCAGGAAGCGCUUCCUGUGCCUGGGAUGGGGGUUGCCAGCCCUCGUGGUCGCCGUCUCCGUUGGCUUCACGCGGACCAAAGGCUACGGGACAGCCAGCUACUGCUGGCUCUCGCUGGAGGGCGGUCUGCUCUACGCCUUCGUGGGACCCGCUGCUGUCAUCGUGCUGGUGAACAUGCUGGUGGGCAUCAUCGUCUUCAACAAGCUCAUGUCCCGCGACGGCAUUUCAGAUAAGUCCAAAAAGCAGCGAGCUGGCUCCAAGCCCCCCCCGUGCGGCAGCCUGCUGCUGAAAUGCACCAAGUGCGGCGUGGUGUCCAGCGCGGCCAUGACCUCCGCCACCGCCAGCAGUGCCAUGGCAUCGCUGUGGAGCUCCUGCGUGGUCCUGCCUCUGCUGGCGCUGACCUGGAUGUCGGCCGUGCUCGCCAUGACCGACCGGCGCUCCAUCCUCUUCCAGGUCCUCUUUGCCGUCUUCAACUCCGUCCAGGGCUUCGUCAUCAUCACCGUGCACGGCUUCCUGCGCCGAGAGGUCCAGGACGUGGUGAAGUGUCAGGUGGGGGGGUGCAGGAGCGAGGAGAAUGAGAACUCGCCCGACUCCUGCAAGAACGGGCAGGUGCAGAUCCUGACAGAUUUUGAAAAGGACGUUGACCUGGCGUGUCAGACAGUGCUGUUCAAAGAGGUGAACACCUGCAACCCCGCCACCAUCACGGGCACCUUGUCCCGCAUCUCCCUGGACGGCGACGAAGACCCCAAGCUCAACACCACCUCGGAGGGCAGCCUGGGCUUCUCCAGCCUGCCCGGGAACAUCCCCCCCGCCAGCAUCCUGGUGCAGGUGCCCAAGAUGACGCCCAACGUGGUGGCGGGUCUGACCGAGCUGGGCGAGCCGCCGGCGCAGCAGCUCAGCCUGGAGGCGCCGGGUCCCGUUUACCUGUGCACCGAGAGCAGCCUGAGGCCCCUGGAAUACGGCUGGAUCCGGGCCCCCGAGCCGCCCCGGGAGAGCGAUUACAUGAUGCUGCCCCGCCGCACCGGCAGCCUCAAGCCCUUCCCCCGGGACGAGGGGACACUCGGGGCCGGCGCAGAGGAGGCGGUGGCCGGCGGGACGGGGCGCCCGGCGGCCGAAGGGGACGCCUAUCCCGGCUUUGUGGCCGUGGAUCACGUCAACGUGAACCUCAACCAGCCCUACGCGACGGUGAAGACGCCCUACGGCCUGCAGUUCAAGCAGCACCCCACGGUGAGGCAGAUCCUGGCCUCGGAGCUGUCGGAGCGCAGCCGCACCAUGCCCCGCACCGUGCCCGGCUCUGCCAUGAAAGUGGGGUCCCUGGAGAGGAAGAGGUUGCGGUACUCUGACCUGGACUUCGAGAAGGUGAUGCACACACGGAAACGCCACUCCGAGCUCUACCACGAGCUCAACCAGAAAUUCCACACACUGGACCGGUACCGGGCUCCGUCCACCGGCUCCUCCAAGCGAGAAAAGCGGUGGAGCGUCUCCUCCGGCGGCGGGGACAAGAGCACGGGCAACGACGUGACCAGCCCCGAGGAGCAGCGGCCGAAGGCUCCGGCCGCGCCGCCCAAGCCAUGGAGCACGUUCAAGGCGAUGACGCUGGGCUCGCUGCCCAGCGCCCAGCGGGACCGGCUGGAGCUGUGCCGGCCAGACUGGGACAGCCCCUGCGCCGGCCUGGACGCGGCCGACGGCGACUUCCAGACCGAGGUGUGAGCCCCGCGCCCGCCGCCGCCGCCGCCGCCGCCCCGUGCGCGGCCCCGCCAGCCGACGCGCCGCGUUUGCUCCGCGCUCCGGGGCAGCCGGGGGGUCCCUGCCUGGCCGGAGCCGCUGUCCCCCCCCGGGAGAGCCGCCUCCCACUCGUCCUCGCGCGGUUCCUCCUCCUGCCACCCCCAGGACGCGGGUGUGGAGGGGACCCCCGCACUUUCCCCGCCCCCAAAUGCUCACCCACGCUCACGCCUGCACCCCUCCCCCGGGGCAGGACCGGCCGUCGAGGCCCUCAGACCUUCGUUCUUUUCUACCGGGAUGUUUCUUCACGCCGUGCACCGUGUGCACGCGAGCGGCCGCCCCCCGGGACCCCCCCAACCCCGGGACCCCCGCGGCCGCCCCCUCCCAGCCCUCCCCACCGUCCCCACCCCACGGGGCAGGUGCUGUCGUUGUUGGAAAUAAAAGUUCACUCUCUG